CUUUCAUUUGGAAUCAAGUGUUUUUCUUUCUUUUUUUGAAAUUUUGAGCACAUCGAUUCGGUCAAUUUGUUUGUAACUUGUUGUUCUUCUUCGAUGGGGAGGGGGGAGCUCAAGAUAUUCUGUGUUAAUGUAGAUAACGUUAUAGUUUUAAAUGCAUAUCAUCCAUUCCGCUUACGUCACGUUGAGACAAUACCAAAGAUAAUUUCAAAGUAAAAUUGGCCCAAUUAUUGAAUAUAAUUGAUUUGUAGUUCGAUUUACAAAAACAUAUAAUACACGCGCCAGUUGUGCUCAUUUCGAUUGUCCAAGAAUGAAACAGAAAAGAAAACACACACACACGCAGCCACAGAGAGAAAGAGAGAACACAGUAACAAGUCGCAUUCGACAUGGAGUGAGACCCGAAAAACUGUCCCAAAUGCACGUAUUGGAAUGUGUCGCUAGCUCUUAUUACAUUUUUGCUAUUUUGUUUCGGAUCGAAUAAAAGUUUCAAGUAUUCGGAAAUAACGAAAACCAAAAAGUCAAAUGAGUGAAUUGCAGGCAAAACGCAAACAAGAAUGGUUGUGAAGCUCAAUCGAUUUUUUUUCAGCUUGUUGUAUCGAAGAAAUGCCAAAAAUAAGCAUAAUAGUCGAGUGUCGUGUUGGUAGCAUGUUGAAUGUAUGGUGGUACAACAUAAUAAUUUCGUUGUGUGUAAUAACAUCAUCAUUCUCUUCUCUUGCUACAUAGUUAUCUGGAUUAUUAUUAAUAUUUUUGAGCAAAUGUUAUGCGUUGACAUUCCAUUUUCUACGUUAUUCAUGCGCGAAUACGCGCCCUCGGGGAGCGCUCAAUAACCCAUUUUGAGUGGCUGAGCUAGUAUGUACAUUUAUGCUAACCAAUUAAUAUUGAUGUGACGUGGAAAUUAUGCAUUAGAUGUAGAAAAAAUAUACUGCAUAUUGUUUACUUAUAAAUAAUAAAAUACUCAUCCGAAAAAAAACACUAUUCCUCUUGCACGUGGCUUGCCUCAUCAAUAAAUUGUCAACACGGUCGCUGUUAAUAAUGCUGUGCGACCGAAUUGGAGCAGAAAACGAAGUUCAUACGAAUAUGGAGCUGAUAAUGUGCGGAAUAUGAAGAGUGUCCAUUGUACAUACCACCGAUUUCAAUUCAAGUAGAACACUCUCUAAAACAUUAAUUUCGUUCAACGAAAUGACCCGAGAUAAUAACGAAAUACCAGCCAUUUUUAAUCCACGAGCUCGUGUUCGAGCUCCGUCUGUAGUUGUCACCAAUGAUUCUCCAAAUGGUUCAUUCGCUGGCGGCGGAUUCACCAACAUUCUUCACUCGAGCAAUCCACAAAUCUCACGAUCCGAUUCGAUAAGUCAGCCCAACGAGAGAAACACCGACGGAAAUCAAAAUAUAAACGCUACAACAAUGACGACGACCACGGCUACGGCAGCAACGACGACGACGACGACGACGAUGACAAUGACAACGACGACAACUACAACGACGACUGUUGCAGUCACAACAACGGCAGCCUCAACAAAUAACAAUAAUACAACCACCAUAACUACGAGCAAUACUCCGUUGGCGAUUGGCAGCGAGGGAAAUUCGAGAAAAUUAACCAAAUGUAAGGAAUCAUGUUGUUCGGAGUCGGCCCAAAAGAUGUACUUUGGCGUGUGUGUGACCAUUUUGGUAACGGCAAGCUGGGUUGGAGCGACCCAUUGCAUUAAAUUUUUGUACGUAUACCAAAAUUCGUCACAGUAUUCGGCCGUCACACCAUCGGUUAUAUCCACAAAUGAUAACUUUUUCUAUGGUGACUUCGAAAAUGAAACGAAUGAAUUGUUUCAACCCAUUCACAUACCCGUUACCAUACCGAAAAUUGCACCGGUAUCAACGAGCAACGGCAAACAAUAUGCCGCAUCUGAAUUUAAUGCACCGUUUUUUGCAUCAUGGUUCUGCACGAAUUUUGUGCUAUUGUUCUAUCCAAUUUUCUUAGUUGGCCGAUUAAUGACAAACAAUUGCCACGAAAGCCCGGGCGAAAUUUUCGGUAAUAUAUUGCGUGGAUUUCGUGAUCGUGGUUUCACAAUUGGACGCUUCUUUAAUCGUUGCAUCGUGUUUUGUAUCUUGUGGUUGAUCACAACGUAUUUGUAUAUUUUAUCAUUACGGCCGCUAUUGGCGACGGACGCUAUGUCACUGUUCGCCACCAACGUGGCAAGUGCAUAUUUACUGUCAUGGGUCAUAUUGCAUGAACAGUUUGUAGGCGUACGAAUUGUUGCUGUUAUUUUGUGUGAUACAGGUAUUGCGCUACUGGCUUAUAUGGACGGAAUAACAGGCUCCCCAACGUUGGGCGGCGUUGUUCUUGCAACUAUCUCUGGUGCUGCUUAUGCAGUGUUCAAAGUGAUGUUUCGAAAGCUGUUCGGAGAUCCACCCGUAGCAAUGAUCUCAUUCGCGUUUACAAUAAUAGGUUUAAUAAAUUUAACACUGUGUUGGCCCAUCCCGUUGGGCCUCUAUCUGUCCGGAACAGAAUGGAUGCCAUUAGAAAGUUUGUUCUGGAUUGAUCUGUUGAUUGCUUGCAUUUUAAUGUUGAUGUUCCACAUUUUGACGCAAUUCAGUUCGGCUGUAACUUACAGCAUGUUUGUUACCUUGGGAUUAAUAACAUCAGUUCCAGUUUCAGCAGCCCUCGAUAUCGUUUUGUAUGGCGCAAAUUUUGCUGGCAUGAAAUUAGCUGGAGUGAUUUUAAUAGCAAUUGGAUUCUUUCUAGUUAUGUUCCCGAAUAAUUGGCCGGAUUAUAUAACCAGAUUACUCAGAAAAACUGUUCGUGCUUUCCUAAGAUAUCAGUGUUGUUGUGAAUUUGACGAGAUCGAUUACUAUCAUUCGAAACAUUAUCCUCCUAGGACACAGUGCGAGAUGGGGGAGAAAUCAUCGAAACGGCUAUCAUUCCUCGCAGCAAAUAGUGCCCACAGACUUUCGGACGGGUUACAUACGUUCGCACCUACGGUCACCUUCAGGUCGAGUGAGAUGACCGAAUCGUCAUCCCAAACAUUUACGAUUGAUCAUCCAAACAGUUUGCAGUUGAUCGAUCGAAAUCUACCAUUAACUCGUCAGUAUCAACGAACCCUAACUGCUACCAUUGUGACCGCAAACGAUGACGAAUUCCAAGUAACCACUCCAACUAAACGACCGCGUGGCAAUUCUGUAUUUGAGGAGAGUCUUCUUCAAGCCGGUAAUUAUCUUCGGCGCAAAUUUUCAUAUGGAUCAAGUGACUAAAAUUGCACCUCCAACACAAAUUCGAACUAACAAUAUCAUUGACGAAUCGAUGAAACAUCAUCCGAAAAGCAACAAUGAAUUCAAUCAAAAAUGUUGAUUUUAAACCUAAACAUGAAAAAUUCAUUUACAUUUGUGGUGAAAGCAAUGAUUCGGUACAAAAAUUAAGAAAAAAAAUCACUCAAAAACGUGUUUAAAUGCACUCAAUGAUAUUAGUGUACAAUGAUAGGACAAAAGUUUGUCGACAAAUUUCAUUUUCAAACAUCGGCUUCCCAUACUCAUAAGCCUGAUGUCAAUAUUUUUAUCACUCUCACCGUUGACUAUCGAGCACAAAAAGAAAACACAAACAAAAUUGUUGUACAAUUCGUCUCUGAAAUGAAAAUCCAUUUAAAGAUAAAUUCAAUGUUAACAAAAUGUUAGAUGUUAUGUUUUAUCACUAUGGUCAUAUGCGUUAGAUUUUAGCCAGUGGUUUGCGGUGCAAAUGGUUACUUACUGGAAUUUCAUUGGCCUAAGGAAGGAAACCAAAAAAAAGUCCGUUUCCACAAUUUACAUGUGAGCUUUGAUUAAUAUCAAGUUAUGACUUGACACAAUUUCGAGAAAUUAAAUUAUUCUACGCAAUUCAACCGUGUGUACUUGAGAAAAUCUAAAAAAAAAUUGUAAUUUAUCCAAGACUAACACAUCUCACUUCUAGAGUUCUGUUCUCCAAACAUCCAGACUAAUAAUACUGGGCGAAACACAUACAAUUGGAAAUUAUUAAAAUGAAUAGAAUUAAACAUUUUAACAUU